AUGACGCUGCAACCCUACAUGGAGCCCAACGAGACCGAGGUGUCACAUCCGCAGAAGCGCAUACGCUGGGCAACACAUCGCGCGACAGGCAUCAAAGCGGCAAACAAGCGACACUCCCUCAAGGAACGUCUCCACCGGCGUAUAGGCUCUGGCGGCGAGAAGCAAGACCCGUUGGGCAAGGAAGGCGGACUUCCGACCGACCCGUCUCCUGAGAGCUCAGAUGCAGGCGCCGAAGAGGGAGACUCGGGGCGCAAAGUCUACUUCAACGUUCCCCUGCCGCAAACAGAACGCGACGAAGAAGGCCACCCCCUCGCACAGUACGCCCGCAACAAGAUAAGAACCGCCAAAUACACGCCGCUCAGCUUCAUACCCAAGAACCUGUGGUUCCAGUUCCACAACAUCGCCAACGUCUACUUCCUGUUCAUUAUUAUCCUGGGCAUCUUCUCCAUUUUCGGUGCUAGUAAUCCGGCCCUUAAUGCAGUACCGCUCAUCGUCAUUCUCGUCGUAACGUCCAUCAAGGAUGGAGUAGAGGAUUGGCGAAGAACCGUCCUAGACAACGAGCUCAACAACGCGCCCGUUCACCGACUCGUCGGCUUCAACAACGUAAACACGGCCGAAGACACGGUAUCAUUAUGGCGGAAGAUCAAGAAGGCAACCACAAAGAGCAUAAUCUCAACAUGGCGGCUGAUGAAGAGCGCCAAGAGCAAAAAGGGUGCAAAGGGCAAAGGAGGUGAGGACGGCGGCAUGGACGGCUCGCGCCCUUCCCACGAGACCCGAAGAGCUUCCAUUGCAUCACGCAGAGAAUCCUACUUUGGAAACGAGAACGACAUCCAGAUGACACCCGUGCCCUCACCGCUACCAGGCCAAUCUCCUACGCAUUCUCCUUCACUGACCCAUGGACCCGGUGAAGGAGAUAAAAUUCGCGGCGCCGACUCCAAUCCUGGCCCUCAAAAGAAGUUCUGGGGAAGUGUGCUGAACCCGUACAAGAAUGCUCCAGAAAAGGCACGUUUCAAGAAAGAUGCAUGGAAAAAUGUCCAGGUCGGUGAUUUCGUGCGCCUAUACAACGAUGAGGAGAUCCCUGCCGACGUGAUUGUGCUUUCCACUUCUUCCGACGACGGCGCAUGCUAUGUUGAGACGAAGAACCUGGACGGUGAGACCAACCUCAAGGUGCGUAAUGCACUCCACGCCACUCGAGAUGUGCGACAUGCUCGACACUGCGAGCGCGCUGAAUUCGUCAUCGAGAGCGAAGGCGCACAUUCCAACUUGUACUCGUACAGUGCAGCCAUCAGGUGGCAGCAGCACAACGCGAAAGAUCCCGAGGCGCCGGCGUACGAAAUGGUCGAGCCCAUUUCCAUUAACAACCUUAUUCUCCGUGGCUGUCAACUGCGAAACACCGAGUGGGUAUUGGGUGUCGUCGUCUUCACCGGAGAAGAGACAAAGAUCAUGAUCAACUCCGGUAUCACGCCCAGCAAGAGAGCCAGGAUCUCCAAGGAGCUGAACUGGAACGUUGUAUACAAUUUCUUCAUUCUGGCCGCCAUGUGUCUGGUCUCCGGAAUCGUGCUUGGUGUGACUUGGGCCCGGGACGACACCACCCAUUCAUUCUUCGAAUAUGGUUCCUACGGAGGUGCUCCUGCUACAGACGGUGUAAUUGCGUUUUGGGCUGCCGUCAUUCUCUUCCAGAAUUUGGUUCCUAUUUCGCUUUACAUUACCCUAGAAAUCAUUCGUACGCUGCAGGCCCUCUUUAUCUACAGCGACAUACACAUGUAUUACGCAAAGCUGGACUAUCCCUGUACUCCCAAGUCCUGGAAUAUCUCAGACGACGUGGGCCAGAUCGAAUACAUCUUUUCGGACAAGACGGGUACACUCACUCAGAAUGUCAUGGAGUUCAAGAAGGCAACCAUUAACGGAGUUCCUUACGGAGAAGCAUACACAGAGGCUCAGGCAGGCAUGCAGCGGAGACAAGGUAUCAACGUCGAAGUUGAGGGUGCCAAGGCCCGCGAACAGAUUGCGCGCGAUCGUGUGCGGAUGCUCGAGGGAAUUCGCAAGAUGCAUGACAACCCCUACUUGUGGGAUGAAGAUCUGACAUUUAUUGCUCCGGACUAUAUUGACGACCUGCGCGGAGAAUCUGGGAUGGAACAAAAGAGAGCUAAUGAGGAGUUUAUGAUUGCUUUGGCCCUUUGCCAUACCGUCGUUACUGAACGCACUCCUGGUGACCCACCGAAGAUCGAGUUCAAAGCACAAUCGCCCGAUGAAGCCGCACUCGUCGCUACUGCCCGUGAUUGUGGCUUCACAUUCGUUGGCCGCGAAGACGAUCGUCUCGUUGUCAAUAUUUUGGGGCAAGAGCGCAAAUACCAAGUCCUCAAUACCCUGGAAUUCAACUCCAGCAGAAAGCGAAUGAGUGCGAUCAUCAGAAUGCCUGAUAACAGAAUCGUCCUAUUCUGCAAAGGAGCCGACAGCAUGAUCUACUCUAGGUUGAUCCCCAACGAGCAACGACAACUCCGUGCCGAUACUGGUGAGCAUCUUGAGAUGUUUGCGCGAGAAGGACUCCGAACACUGUGUAUUGCUCAACGAGAGAUCUCCGAGGAGGAAUACCAAGAGUGGAACAGAGAUUACGACAUUGCUGCCAACGCUAUUCAAGGACGUGAGGACAAGCUGGAAGAGGUAUCCGAUCGCAUCGAAAACCACUUGUGGCUAAUUGGAGGAACUGCCAUCGAAGACCGACUUCAGGACGGUGUACCAGAGUCCAUUUCUCUUCUCGGUCAGGCCGGUAUUAAGCUGUGGGUUCUUACAGGUGACAAAGUUGAGACAGCCAUCAACAUCGGUUUCUCUUGCAACCUGCUCGACAACGACAUGGACCUGAUUAUCCUCAAGGUUACAGACGACAACAUCGAUUCUAUAGAAGCCCAGCUCGACGAGAAAUUGAAGAUCUUUGGUCUGGAAGGCUCUGAAGAAGAACUGGCCGCCGCUCAAAACGAUCACGAACCACCACCACCUACGCAUGCCAUCAUCAUCGACGGAGACACUCUCAAGCUGGCUCUAGAUGAAUCAGUGAAGCGGAAGUUCCUUCUGCUUUGUAGGCGUUGUCGAUCCGUUCUUUGCUGCCGUGUGAGUCCCAGUCAGAAAGCAGCAGUUGUCAACAUGGUCAAGACUGGAUUGGACUGUCUCACUCUUGCCAUUGGAGACGGUGCCAACGACGUGGCCAUGAUUCAAGAGGCGCACGUAGGUGUCGGUAUCGCUGGUGUCGAGGGCCGCGCAGCCGUCAUGUCUUCUGAUUACGCCAUUGGUCAAUUCCGUUUCCUCACUCGCCUUGUGCUCGUUCACGGUCGAUGGUCAUACCGUAGGCUCGCAGAAACCAUUGCCAACUUCUUCUACAAGAACAUCAUUUGGACGUUUUCUCUCUUCUGGUACCAGAUUUACACCAAUUUCGACAGCCAGUAUAUUUUCGACUACACUUACAUUAUCUUCUUCAACUUGGCGUUUACGUCACUCCCUGUUAUCGUCAUGGGUGUUCUGGAUCAGGAUGUCGAUGAUAGAGUAUCUCUGGCCGUCCCGGAGCUGUACCGUCGUGGUAUCGAGCGAAAGGAAUGGAGCCAGCCCAAGUUCUGGGCUUACAUGGUCGAUGGUAUCUACCAAUCCGCAGUUGCCUUCUUCUUCUUGUACGAAAUCUUCGCACCCGCAACUUUUGCGACCUCCAACGGAUUGGAUCUGGCCGAGUUCCGACGCAUGGGUAUCUACGCUGCAACUACAGCUGUUUGUGCAGCCAACAUCUACGUCUUGUACAACACAUAUCGUUGGGACUGGCUGAUCGUCCUGAUCGUCGUCAUCAGUACCCUCUUCAUCUGGUUCUGGACUGGGGUGUACACCUCUUUCACCUCGAGUGCUCAAUUCUACAAGGCUGGUGCCGAAGCAUACGGCACUCUCAAUUUCUGGGCUUACGUUCUGUGCGCUACGGUAGCGUGUUUGCUUCCGCGCUUCAUCUUCAAGGUGGUGCAGAAGAUCUACUUCCCUCUAGAUGCGGACAUUAUUCGGGAGCAGGUGAAGCAAGGCAAAUUCGACUAUUUGAGAGACAAUGACUCUUACCUUCCUCCUCGACCAGAGAAGGUGGCUGGUGAGCAAGACUCCAACCAGUCAUCGGAAGCCGAUGCUUCGAAGUACAAAGCCGCUAAUGCCGAUGUCACGGACGAAGACGUUCGACCCAUCUACCCACCAUCAGUUGCUCCAACCGCUACGACGCACAACCCAAGAAGCCAGAAUGGCAGCAACAGCACCGACUACACUUUCCGCCGUUCUAUGGAGGGCCUCCCACCCGCCCCUACAACGGAAGCUCCUCCCCUCGCCCAUCGUAUGUCGACCGACUACCGCGUACGACCAAGCUUCGAUCGCGCACGUAUGUCUAUGGACCGCGUGCGUCCUAGUUUCGAGCAAAGCAACGACUUUACCUCGGCCGCCAUGCUGACACGACUCGAGUCGUCCCACAGCCGUAACAGUUUCCAAGGCCACAGGAACAGCUAUCAGGGCGGUCCCCCCAAUACACAACCGGCAGUCAUGAGCCGGUUACGAAAUGCGAUCCGCAGAGCGACAAUAACACGAGAUGAGGCGCCAGAACAUCUUCGUCAAGACCAAGAAGAUGUACCGGAGGUGCCUGCAGUACCCAAAAGCCCACCACGUAGUCCGCGAAUCACUUGGUACAUUCAUACCUUACACACUUACGACCUCGCAACACUGCCCACAGAGAAAGGCACGCGCUUUAUCAUCCUUCCAAGGCCGAACACCGGUAUGGCUUCCAUAAAUCCCAACAAGGCAAGGAAUCUAGGGUCCACAAGGGUGUUGGGUGAGCGAGGCUUUCCGGCUGAGGGCCAGGCCAAGCAUUCUUUGUCUAUACAAGAAAGGGCCAGGAAGAGGAAAUGGAACAUAUCUGGUGACGAACACCGAGUGUUCGAAGGAGGCGACGUCACCACAUGGAACAGUUAUACUGAGAGUACAGACAACUAUAGAGUUGAAAGUGGGAGACCGCAAUUACAUGGCCCAGAAAAGACUAUAAGGCUAUACGCGUCUCAUUCGAACGCUCUCGACCCUGAUCGUAGCAAACGACAUAGACAUGGAGCACCAGACUACCCACGACAGAACAACCUCCGGAAACGCAACAAGCAAAAUUUGGAGAAGGCACAGCAGCUUGCCCCGAACUAUCCUGAUCUCCGAGAUAUCGAAGCAUGGCAAAAACUAGGCCAGAACAUAGAGCCAAAGCUCCACAGAGAAUACACAUUUGUAUAUCGACAGUUGCGUUUGAAUCAAUGUCCUAAAGCGUUGGCAUACAUCGAGUGGAGGAAGAGGGUACAGCAAGAGAUGAUGCGAUUGGGCUUGCAAAAUGCAUAUUCUCAGCCUCUUGUAGAUAGGAUACCUGGAGGUGAAGUAAAAGAUAAGGCUAAGGAAGAAAUGGCCCAAGAGGCGAUGAAGCAAGCGGAGGAAGAACGAGCACGGAGAGAAAUGGAUAGGAUGAUUGCGGAUGAUGGCCUUGAUAUUGAUAUCUACGGCGAUGAAGAGACGAGGAGGAAGGGCGGCCGAAUAGCAUUUAGGGGCGGCCGAAAAAGUUUUCCCUUCCUUUACGAUAACAUGAUUGAGCUUGAGAGACCAGAAACGUCGCGUGCUGAUAAUCAAUACAAAAGAGAGUGGGAAAACACGAACCCGGCACUGGGCAAGACACAGAUUCAAGCAAAGAUUAUGAUACAGCUUGCUUCCAUCGACCAUGCGUGUACUCAACGAGUAAAAAGUGUGUGGAAAGAGAUGAUUGAUACGACUCUACGAGACAAGAACAAGCGCUUUACCCACCUGGAAGAGUACGUGAACUUCCGCAUGGUUGAUACUGGAGCGCCGUUUGUGGAAGCCAUGCUGCUGUUUGGCAUGGGUGUGACACUCACCAAAGAAGAGGACAUUCAACUCGAGCAAAUUCGCAAGCCUUGUUACGCAGCUCUCGGCCUGGCGAAUGACUUCUUCUCCUUUGACCGCGAAUAUGCGGACUUCGAAAAAUCUGGAAAGUCGCAAACACUGACGAACGCGGUCUGGCUCUACAUGCAAUGGUACAACAAGGAUGUAAAUGCGGCAAAAAGCCAAGAGAAUGUCCAGGCACCUUUCGAUUACAUCACUUCACUCCCCUCCAAAGGUGUACGAGACACCUUCAUCGACGCUCUCAAUGUCUGGCUCAACGUACCCGAGACCGUCGUAUCCCGCAUCAAAUCACUAGGCAACCGUCUACACGCUGCAUCUCUUAUGCUCGAUGAUAUCGAAGAUGGGUCUAAUCUCCGACGAGGUCAGCCAGCGACACACACGGUCUUCGGUAUUGCACAAACGAUCAACUCCGGAUGUUACGAAAUCCUCCUAGCUGUGAGUGAGGCUGAAGAAUUGGGCGCCGCAGAGGUGAAGAUUGUCCUCGAAGAACUCGCCGAAUUGCACAUCGGCCAGUCUUAUGAUCUCUUUUGGACAUAUCACACCCAGUGUCCGUCCGAGAACGAGUAUCUGGAGAUGGUGAACAAGAAAACUGGAGAUUACGAAUUGUUGCGAGUUACGCGAGGCGCAGAUAUUGAGGAGCUUGUAAGCUGUAUCGAGAUACAAUACCAGGUCCGCGAUGAUUAUCAGAACCUUCAUUCGGCAGAAUACAGUGCUCAAAAGGGAUUUUGUGAGGAUCUGGACGAGGGUAAAAUGUCCUUCCCACUCGUUCACGCGUUGAACAAUUGCGAAGACAACGCUGAACUGCCGUAUCGCAUACGCACAAAGAAGCAUGGCACGCGCGACGAGUGGGCCAAGAAGCAAAAGGUUGACUAUCAGCAGCGAGAGGCAAAACGACGAGAGCAAGCAAAGACGGACAUUGGUGCAGAGAUGGCAAGUGCCGGAGCUGCGAUGGCGACUUCUUGUGAGGUUGUAUGGGCUCUUGACGCUUUCGAUGUGACCUCAUACAAACUGCGCCUUUUUUUUGAGCAUUUGAGACGGGUGAAGAAUGCACUAGCUCAAAUUACACUAGCCGACCGAUCGACAGGGCAAGUAUGUCAUCAUCGAUCGCGUCCCGACCACUUUUCGCGAAGCUCAGAAGCAUCAAAAGAUUGUCACGAGCAUGGCAUCUGUUGCUACCCUUCAAUUGCUCCUAUCGCGAUGCCACCGUGGUCGCUGAUCUCACCGGCCUCUCGGGGCAUAGGCUUCGCACUCGCAAGACGGGUGUUGCAGACUACGAACGCACCUGUUGUUACAACAGCCCGAAAGGAUCUCGAUAAGAUAAAAGAGGAGUUACUCGAUGGUAUGGAUGUUGACGAGAAGCGAUUGAUGGUGUUGAAAUUGGAUGUUCUAGACGAGACGACUAUUGCAGAUGCAGCAGCGACCUGCAAGAAGCAGUUCAGUGAUGGCCCUCAUCAGCUUCAACUAGCUAUGAUGGUGCCGGGGAUCCUUUUCCCCGAGAAGUCACCCUCCCAGAUCAACGCUGACGAAGCGUUAUUGACUUUCCGAACUAACACUCUGGGUCCAAUGCUUAUGCUCAAGCACUUUUCUUCUUUCCUCCCAAGGAAGAGUGCAGUCGUUGACAAGGACCAAGAGGACAUGACGGGCUUACCAGAUGUAGCUACAAUGGCUAUCAUGUCAGCUCGCGUUGGUAGUAUCAGCGACAACCGUCUAGGAGGAUGGUACAGCUAUCGUGCAUCAAAAGCUGGUGUCAAUCAGGUAGUCAAAACCUUUGACAACCAUCUGAGGACUGCGUCGGGCGACAACGCGAUGGCGAUUGCCUUACAUCCCGGAACCGUCAAGACUGGUUUGAGUAAAGACUUCUGGAGUAACGUCAAGAAGGAGAAGCUGUUUGAGCGCGACUGGGUUGCAGAAAGGCUAAUUGACGAGUCAAUCAACUCAGAACCGCAACCCGCAUCUUCGACCUCCGAACAGGCCAUACUCGCACCCGUACCUAGCCGACGAAGACAUUCAGAGAGUACAGUGGGUCUUCCAGGCUCCGUCCAAGCCACGCUCAAUCCGCGUGGCAACUUCACUCCAUCUACCAAUGAUGCGAAUCCAAACACGAACCCUUGGGCCAACUUCGACGGACAUCACACUCAUCCAGCUCAACGCUCAUCGCCUACAAUUGCGGGUCGAGAUGCAAGUUCGUGGUGGGAGAUUGGGGGAACUCCAUCCUAUGGCAGUAUAACAUCCGACACUCGGGUGGCUAGUUCCAGAUCUGUGGACGGAAAUGCUUCCAGCCAAAAAUCUGCAGUACCCACUGCAUCACCGACAGUCGGUCUCGCGCUACCAGCAGCUGCAUCUAGCAAUCCAUACGAAUGCCACGACAACGUGUCGUCCGGCCGCUCGAUUCGUAUAGAGCGGAGAGCGAUGUCAGAGAACGAUCUCACCGUGAAUGAAGAAUGGAGGCUUCCUAUACGGGAUAGACACUGGCAUUCCAGUGCGGUCACCUUGCGAACACCCAUAUCUUUCUGGAUAUCGGCGAAGCGGUGGACACCUACUAUCAAAGCGCAAGUCAAAGUCAAUGUGACAAACAGACUUGCAACCGAAGCACCCGCCAACGCCGCAGCCAGAGCCAGAGCCACAACGGCCUAUGGUGCUGGUGGCCCUCCUACCCUAUGGAAGUGGCCAUCACCAGAGAAGGCAUGCACAGAAAGGUUCAAGCGCGGAUUUCCAAAGUAUCGCAUUCGAAAGAACCAUACUGAUGCACCGCCGGGACAAGACUCAAAGUGCCUGGGCGCCGCUUUUGAAACUUGGAUUUCUUCCUCGAGCAAUGACGAUAUUUGGGUUCAGGCAUACAGUGCUUGGCACGCUUUGCAGGGAGAUAUUCAGCAACCUAUACUGCGACCGUCGGCACCGAAUAAUGGCGACCGACAGCUCUUAGGUUCAGGGAAAGGAGCUGAGCAACCUGUACCGCUAUGGCGACAGCUACCUUGUCUUCGAGGUGGUGCUGGGACACCUGAACCACUGGACGAUGAACCUCUCGAAGAGGACGAACCAGCGAACGGGCCUGGAGGCAGCCAUAUUCGCGGCCAUGAAGACGACCAUCUAACGGGAGAUAUACUCAACGAGCCUAACAAUGGCUCCAGGAUCGAUGACCAAGGCGAAUCUGGAAACAGCUCUAGGAACGACUUCAUACUUCCCGACAUAAACGAUCCUUCCUGGAUCCCCACGAAUGAUUAUGGAACCUACGUGUACGUACCGGGCUCCCCUAAAUCGCACUACUCAGCAUUAUCCGGGGAUUCGAGCGACCUGUCAGAUGCUGCCUCUUUGCAUUUCCACGAACAAAAUGCAAAAGCAGAAGAAGAAAAACGCACGGCUACAAGACUAGAUGGAGUGUCAGCAGCAUUGGAGCGGCUACCCAAUGAGAGCAGAAUCUUCACGCCAGGCGACGGCAGAGAUGGCGGCAGUGAUUACUCCUCUACCAGGGCUACCAGGAGGAGGUUUUCGUUCGAGAGUCGGCCGUCGUCUGGAUCACGCAGUAAACGUACAAGCUCAAACCUGGAUGGUUCCAUAAACUGGCAGCCACAGUCUUCUGCACCACGCGACAGGCGCAUAGACUCAGACGUAGAUGAGGCCAUAGAUGCCAUGGGUGAAGACGACCCCCUCAUUAAUCCACAUCCAGCCCCCGAACCUCCCACAAACAACAUUUCAGCCAGAGUUCCAUCCCUUGAACACGCCCACAAUCAUAAUGCGAAUGUUCAGCCUGCCGUGCCUUUUGCAGGAGUGCGCAGACGCGAUCUGCUUCGUCACGCUCUCAGACGAGAUCAGUUGUGGGAACAUGUUCUCCGGGCUUUGAGGAAUAUGCUUGUGAUGGGUUCAGAAGAGAAGAAACGCUUACGCAAGAAGAAGUGA